AUGAAACGCUUUUCGGACUUGGAAGCAGAGGACGCGCAGGAGUACGUGCAGCGAGCCGAGGCAGAGCUCGAGGAUUCUGCCGAGAAGUUGGAUCUCAUCGUCGUUCACUUCCAAGAGGGCGAUCCCGAGGACCCGCACAAUUGGCCGAGGUGGUAUCGCUGGUACCUCUGUGUCUUCGACUGCUACUUGGUCUUCUUGACCACUUUCGCUUCCUCAAUCCCAUCUGGCUUUGCCGGUGCCCUCGCAAAGGAGUUCGGUCUCAGUUCGGAGCUGGUAGCGCUCACGAUCACCUUGUUCAUCGUGGGAUUUUGUGUAGGACCCGUCCUUUGGGGCCCGCUCUCUGAGCAGUAUGGUCGCAGACCCGUCCUCUUGGCUUGUUCUAUCGUCUUCACCGCUUUUCAAAUCGGUUGCGCACUGGCCAAGAACAAGGCCGAGAUCACGACCUUCCGUCUCAUCUCUGGAAUAUUCUCCGCUGGUGCACACCCAAUCGCCCCAGCUGUCAUGGCCGACGUUUGGGAUGUCGCCACUCGCGAGAAAGCUUUGAUCUACCUAGGCUUCCUGUCGUUCGUAGGGCCUACUAUGGGCCCGCUCGUUGGGGGCUACAUGGCGAGUGCGGGGAUUGAAUGGCAGUGGUGCUUCUGGCUGCUAGCCAUCCUGUGCGGAGUUUCCACCAUUAUGAUCGCUCUGACGCACAAAGAGACCUACAGACCGAUCAUCCUCGAGCGCAAGGCCGCCAGCCUCCGCAAGCAGCUCAACGACAACCGUUACCGCGCCCCCCUCGAGCUCCUCGAGCGCCACACGCUCGGUGGUCGUCUGCGCCUGACGCUCUCGAAGCCGUUCGUCAUGUUCGUGCGCGAACCCGCUCUCAUUGCCACUACAGUCUACCUUGCCUUUACCGGCGGAUGCCUGUACAUGCUCUUCGAGGCAUACCCAAUCGUCUUCGAGGAGGGCCACCACUUCAAGCCGAGCAGCCUCGGCCUCGCAUACCUCCCCCUCACCGGCGGCGCGAUCAUCAUGCUCCUCGUCUAUCUCGCGGUGAUCCAGCCCGCGUACGAGCGCGCGGUCGCGGCCCACGCGCCCGCGCCCGUCCCGCCCGAAGUGCGGCUCGCGCCCGCGAUCUGGACCGCGCCGCUCUUCGCCGCCUCGUUCUUCUGGUUCGGGUGGACGUCGUUCCCGACGGUCUCGUUCUGGGUCCCGCUCAUGAGCGGCGUCCUCCUCGGCCUCUCGACGCUCGCCCUCCUCGUCGCGCUCCUGAACUACGUCGUCGACGUCUACGUGCACACCGCCGCGACCGCCCUCGGCGCGCUCACCGUCAUCCGCUCCAUAUCCGGCGCGGUGUUCCCCCUCUUCUCGACGCAGCUCUUCAGGGCGCUCAACCCGCGCUGGGCGUCGACGCUCGUCGGCUGCGUCGCGGUCCUGAUGGUCCCCAUCCCGCUCGCGCUCCAGAAGUGGGGGCCGGCGCUCCGCCGGCGCUCGCAGUACCUCCAGCAGGACGCGGUGUAG